AUAUAAAUUGCAAUUUAUGUGUCCUAAUUGAUUUUUCCUUGCCAAAUGCAUUUUUGUUCUUUCCAGAUUUCUAUUUUAGUGUUAAUUCCUCUAUUAGUUUCAUCCACUAGAUCUGUCAAUUCAGUUCUGGAUUGAAAAUCUGGAAAAUAUUUCAGAAAUGAAAUGACAUUUUAAAAACUGCAUUUUUUCACUUAAAUUAAUGAAACUAAUAGAAGCCACUUUAGUUAUGAUUUUGUUAGCUUUCUGCAACAAAUUAAGCAAUCCAUGAUCAUAUUGAGAAUUCUUAGCAAUAAGAAUUAGUCCCUUGAGGUAAUGGACAUUGCUUGUACCUGUCAUCGUAUUCUUGUUCCAAAAACCUUUACUGGUUUUUCUUUUGUGUCUCAAAAGGAAGAAGGAAAGAGAAAACUUUCACUACUAUUAUCUAUUUUUUGAUGUUGAGCUUCUUGAGUUCUGAAUCCUUUUAUUUGUUUUGUUGCUACUAGUUUCAUUGAUGUCUUUUAAUCUUGUACCUCUGUUGUGGUGUUGAUGGAAGCAACAGACCUGGAGAUGGUGAAUUUUGUUAGAAUUUGUGUGUUCUUGACUGACCUUUUUGCCCUUGUAUUGCCAGCUAGUUUUUGUAGACUUAGUUUCAGCACUUCUAAUAAAACAUAAAUUCUUCUUGAUAUGGAUUGACUGAAUUAAGGCCCUAAAAUUUCAUUUCAUCGUGUAAUAUUUUUUAGCCGAUCUUUCAAAGGUAUCCACGGCCUGAGAAGGAGUACCAGUCCUCUCUUAUAUAGAAUGACAGGUCACUAGAUUUGAUUUGUAAAGAUAAAGAUGAAGCUGAGCAAUGGUUUAUUUGUUUAAAAGCAUUAAUUUCGCGUGGUCAUCAACGGAAGUGGAGAAUAGAAUCAAGGAGUGAUGGUAUUCCAUCUGAAGCUAAUAGUCCCCGAACAUACACUCGAAGAAGUUCUCCUUUGAACUCCUCAUUUGGUAGCGGUGAUAGCUUGUAGAAGGAUGAUAUGAAAGUGUUUUCCCCACUUGUGGAAGUCCAACCUAUUACACCAUCGCUUGAUAAACUUUGGGAUCAGCAUGAGGGUGCAAAAAAAGAUCAUCUUCGAGUUGAUAAGAAACCUUCUUUGCUCUUUCCUUCAUCGAAUAGGAGAUUUCCUCUUUCAAAGGAAGGAGGUGGCAGUGAUCAUCCAAUUUUUGACUGGAAACCUAGUUCAACUUCCAAACAGCCAGACAAGUAUGAGUUACCUAACAAGUUCAAACCUGAUCUCGACAAAUUUACGCAACAGAGACAACUCCUCCAAUCAAGAGUCUUCACUGGGAUUUCCAGAGCAUAUCCCCUUCAGUUCUAUGUCCCUUUCUCUAGGAACAAAAAGUACUACUUUAGGGCAGUCUAACCUUGAUUCUCUGGGGUCUGCAUUAAACCACCCUCGAAAAUUUACCACUUAUGCUGAAAGGAUGAGUACUAAUCUGGCCUUUAGUGAUGGAACAUCCCUCUCGGUGGGUUCACCAAAAACAAAGAAAACAGGAGCUGAAAUGAGAGAAGAACUGUUGAAUAGCUUGUUAUCAAGGACGAACACAUUAUCUGCUACAGAACAAAGGACUCUUCCAUAUGCGAAUGGAGGAGUUUCACAACCCCCGAGAAUCCCAUCUCGACCUCACACACAGCAGGGGUCCUCUUUUACACUUCAGCUGUUUCAACGCACUCUUGAAGAAACUCUUGGUGCCUUCCAGAAAUCCAUUCAUGAAGAUAUGAGGAACCUCCAUAUUGAAAUUUUAAGGCAGUUUCAUAUGCAGGAGACAAGGCAAGCCUUUACACCAGAGCAAAUAAAUGAAGCAUGUUAUGUUGACAUUAAUUCCAACAAGGCUGUCUUUGACAGUUUGAGGAAUAACCCAAAAGUGAACUAUGAUGGGAGGUGCUUCGCUUACAAGUCCAAACAUGCUCUGAAGGACAAGAAUCAACUACUCAUCCUAAUACGUAAAUUUCCAGAGGGCAUUGCUGUUAUUGAUCUCAAGGAUGCAUACCCAACUGUCAUGGAGGAUCUACAGGCUUUGAAAGCUGCUGGUCAAAUCUGGCUGUUGUCGAACUUCGACUCGCAAGAGGACAUAGCCUAUCCAAAUGACCCUCGAGUGCCAAUCAAGGUUGAUGACGACCUGAAACUGCUAUUCCGGGGAAUUGAACUACCACGUGAUAUGAUUGACAUUGAGAAGAAUCUUCAAAAGAACGGGAUGAAGCCCGCCACAAACACUGCAAAAAUCUAGACUACACAUUAAUUUGUCAUUAGCAUGAUCCGUUGAAAAAUAAUGGUGGAUCUUAUUAUUUUAUAGAUAUGAUAGGUCCUAUAUUUAUACAUAUGGUUCGUACGUAGGAGG